UGCGCGGCGCAUUCUACGACGUCACCAGAAGACGACGCGUAUCGUGCCGCUCGUCUCGUUGAGAACAGAAGAGAACAGGAGCGUCUCUUCCUCUCUCAUAUAGAUAUUAUAAACCUGCCUGCGGAGGAGAGACACAGAGCAGCUGGACCGGUGAUGGCCUCUCCGCUCAAAGUGUGCAUAGUCGGCUCCGGAAACUGGGGCUCAGCCAUCGCCAGGAUAAUUGGAAAUAAUGCCACGUCACUGCGUUUCGCCACCACGGUGAAGAUGUGGGUGUUCGAAGAGAACAUUAAUGGCAGGAAGCUCACUGACAUCAUCAACACGGAGCAUGAAAACAUCAAGUACCUGCCUGGAUACAAACUGCCAGAGAAUGUGGUGGCCGUCCCGAAGCUCCGUGAUGCUGCCGAGGGAGCUGACCUGCUGGUGUUUGUGGUCCCUCACCAGUUCAUCCGGAAUCUCUGUGACGAGAUGGUUGGCUGUGUCUCUACCAAAGCUCGGGGAAUCACACUCAUAAAGGGUAUAGACGAGGGUCCCGGGGGCCUGAAGCUCAUCUCUGACAUCAUUCGGGAGAAGAUGGGGAUUGACGUCAGCGUCCUCAUGGGAGCAAACAUCGCCAACGAAGUGGCAGCUGAGAAGUUCUGUGAAACCACCAUCGGCAGUAGGAUUCUGGAGAACGGCCUGCUGUUCAAAGAGCUGCUGCAGACUCCAAACUUCAGAAUCACAGUGGUGGAUGAUGCCGAUACAGUGGAGCUGUGUGGAGCUCUGAAGAACAUCGUCGCAGUGGGCGCAGGCUUUUGCGACGGGUUGCGGUGCGGCGACAACACCAAGGCGGCUGUGAUCCGUCUGGGGCUGAUGGAGAUGAUCGCCUUCGCUAAACUCUUCUCCAAGAACGGCUCAGUUUCCACGGCAACCUUUCUGGAGAGCUGCGGCGUGGCCGACCUCAUCACUACGUGCUACGGCGGCCGCAACCGACGAGUGGCAGAGGCCUUCACUAAAACGGGGAAGAGCAUCGUGGAGCUGGAGAAGGAGAUGCUGAAUGGUCAGAAGCUCCAGGGUCCGGCCACCUCAGCAGAGGUCUACCACAUCCUCAAGGAGAAGGGCCUGGUGGACAAGUUCCCUCUGUUCACGGCCGUCUAUCAGAUCUGUUUCGAGGGGAAGCCGGUCCGAGAGAUGAUUUCCUGCCUGCAGAGCCACCCGGAGCACAUGUGAUCACCCGGUGGGUCCGCUGAAGGGAUUCACUCAACAUGUUCACACCAACAUCAGUUUAGCAUUAGGUACUAAUGCUGUCAAAAAAAACACAAUGUCCUUUAUCAGUUCAAGUUCAAUUACAAAAAGAAAUGAAAAACUGGAGUUGCCAGAUUUCCAACAGUGUUUUUUAUUAGCGGGCGAUAGAGGAAAACGGAUCUGAGUCUUAAAAUGCAGAGAGAGUCAGCUCCUCCUGUUUGCUAGAUCUCACCUCCUCUCCUGAAGAUGAAUUUCCUCUCUAAUCCAAAGCAUUUGCAGACCAACUACACAGCAGCUCUUGGGCCCCUUACCUUUACCCCUGAACCUUUGAAAAUUAUGUAUAUUUCCACUUCGUGACCAAAUGUUUGAAAUGGAACCUGUGUUUUCUUAUUGUGACAGUACAGUGGUUAUCUGUAGAGUGUGGCUCAUCAAUGUCAACAGACAGGCGCUGUCCAUAUCUUGAGACGACUAACAAUACCAGCCAUACAGGCCUGUCUGUGGACACCAGCGUGCGACUGCAUCUGUAUCACACUGAUGCACAAGCACAACAGCAGUAGACAAUGCAUUGUGACUUAGGAGAAGAUUUACUGUGUUUCAAUAUUUUUUAUAACUUCACAGGGUUUGUAUUGUUUUUUUAUUUUCACUGCGACUCAGGUAAACAUACCGUAGUGUUGAAAAGGAAUAAUGUCAGUCUCCGUCUUCAACAUCCAGCACUGGAAAUCUUUUGCCUUUUUAAAUGGAUUAAAUCUGUAUGGGCAGACGUGAGUUAAUAAAACCUACAGCAUGCUAAUACUGCCUUUUGAUAAACCAGCAUUAGCUCAGUGUUAUUAAAUCAAAUCAGUCAUAUCUCUGUGAGCUUUUCUCUUUAAACUGCCAAACUGUUGCCAAGUAAGAUUGUAUAGAGCUCUUUUUUGGUUAGGUAUCCUCGUAGUCGUCUUGGGACUGUCACUGUGUGCUGGACAGUCCCAGAUGCUUCCCAUUGAACAGUGUAGGCCGCGUUGGGACCAGCUUGAACACUGAAGUCUUUUGUCCUGUAAAAGUGAAACAUACAGUGUGUCCAUUAAAGCAUAAAUCUCACCUUUG